AAUGGAGAUGGGGAACAGUUUUGUUCCCUAUCUCUAUUCCACUGGACUAAUUACCACGUUAUUCACAUCAAAUGGGCCUUGAUCCGUCCACAGGCUGUUCUGAAUACGGUCCAACCAUUACUGCCAACACUCCUGUCAGCUAGUUGUAAGGCGACAGAUUGUGUACCAUGAUAUUGAUGAUUAACCCUUGAUAGACUGGUGUUGUUUAGAGACACUGAUCUAUCAAGGGCAUCCUUCUGUCUUACUCCUUCCUCUCUAUCAGUCUGUCACUGUGAGACGUGUUGGUUGGUGUUAGUCCAUAGUGAUGGUGGCAAAAUGGCCCCCCUUCUUCUCCCUCCAUCACUUGCUCUCUCGCUUUGUCUCUCUCCAGAGAGAUGUAACCCAGAUUUCAAAAUGAAUUGCUGCCUAUUCCCCUCCCUCCCUCACUCCCUCCCUCCCUCCCUCCCUAUUUCUCUCUCUCUUUUUUCUCUCUCUCUCUCUCUCUCUCUCCUAUCCCAUCUUCCUCUUGGUAAAACAGAAUCAAUCUUGAAAAGAGAAUUCAACUCUCCAUCUCUUCCCCCUCUUCACCCUGUGUGGGUUAACUUAACAGAUACAUAGCAGUCCACUCCUCCUCUGUCUUCUCUCGUUCUUGGAAAGCUCAUCCCUUGUUACUUGCUAUUUUUUGUAGGCAGCUCUUUUUCCCAGCUCUUCCUCCCUGCCACCACUAGCCUUUCUCUCUUUCCUUCACUUUUUCUUUUUUGACGUGACCAGCGACAGGUUCAGAGCGAUAGCAGGCUGCCUAUCAAAGGAGGAGAGAUAAAGAGAGGGGGAGAGGAAGAGGAGAAGCCUGCUCUUUGAUCAAGUCUGUCAGCCUAAACAACCACAAAUACAGGCAGCAUGUCUACUCCCGUGUCCCCGUCCCCCUCCCUCUCCCCCCUGACCCUGGCCUCCCCCGUGGCCACCCCUGGGGCCUCUCCCCUGCCCUCCCCCCUUUCCCCCCCUCCCAGGGUGCCAGUGUUCCAGAGGAAGGGGGCGCUGAAACACAAGAGGAUCAUCGAGGUCAAGGACCACCAGUUCACCGCUCGCUUCUUCAAACAGCCCACCUUCUGCAGCCACUGCACUGACUUCAUCUGGGGAAUUGGAAAGCAGGGAUUUCAAUGUCAAGUGUGCAGUUUCUCUGUCCACAAGCGAUGUCACGAGUAUGUAACGUUCACCUGUCCUGGAGCCCCCACUGCUCCUUCAGAAGACUUGAAGAGUAAACACAGAUUUCGACCUCAGACCUACACUUCUCCAACGUUCUGUGAUCACUGUGGUUCUCUGCUCUAUGGCCUUAUCCAACAGGGCAUGAAAUGCUCCUGUUGUGAGAUGAAUGUCCACAAGCGUUGUGAGAGCCUGGUGCCCAGCCUGUGUGGUCAAGAUCAUACAGAGAAGAGAGGCAGGAUCCACCUGACCGUCCGGGGAGAGAACGAGGACAUCUUCAUCACAGUGCGGGAGGCUCGUAACCUGAUCCCCAUGGACCCCAACGGCCUGUCUGACCCCUACGUGAAGCUCAAGCUAAUCCCUGACCCCAAGAGCCAGAGCAAACAGAAGACCAAGACUAUCCGCUCCACACUCAACCCCGUCUGGAACGAGAGCUUCACCUUCUCAGUGCGCGGGCGGCAGUGGGACCGUCGUCUGUCGGUGGAGGUGUGGGAUUGGGAUCGUACGUCUCGGAAUGACUUCAUGGGAUCGCUGUCGUUCGGAGUGAGCGAGAUAUUCCGUCACUCAGUUAGCGGCUGGUUCAAACUGCUGGAUCAGGAUGAGGGAGAGUACUACAACAUGCCUGUCCCUGACGAAAAUGAGCCUAGUGGUCUAGAUGCUAUUCCCCCCUCCCUUCUCCCCCCCUCCCUGAGGCCUGCCUCUUUGUCUGUGUCUGUCCCUGUCCCCGUGUCUGUCCUGUCCCCCUCAGCCCCGUCAGUCCCCUGUCUGGCCACCCUACCUGCAGGACCGGUCAAGCCCAGGGUUUGCCUCCAGGACUUCAACUUCCUCAUGGUGCUGGGAAAAGGCAGCUUCGGAAAGGUACUGAAACACACCUACACCUGUCUGUAUACACAAUGUAAUAAACAUAACACACCUGUCUGGAGACACACUGUAAUAAACAUAACACACCUGUCUGUAGACACACUGUAAUAAACAUAACACACCUGUCUGGAGACACACUGUAAUAAACAUAACACACCUGUCUGUAUACACACUGUAAUAAACAUAACACACCUGUCUGGAGACACACUGUAAUAAACAUAACACACCUGUCUGUAGACACACUGUAAUAAACAUAACACACCUGUCUGUAUACACACUGUAAUAAACAUAACACACCUGUCUGUAGACACACUGUAAUAAACAUAACACACCUGUCUGUAGACACACUGUAAUAAACAUAACACACCUGUCUGUAUACAC